AUGAAUUACUGUGCUCAGCUGUCUUCUUCUGUCCCCCCCCUCUCUCUCUCUCUAUCUCGAUACCUCCUCUCCGGCGGGUCUCUAGAGAUAGAGAAAGAGACAUAG